AUGGCUCCAGGCGCAGUCCAGAACAACACGACCAGUGCACACAGCAAUGCCACCAUCUUGAAGCCAACUGCUCGCUCCUUUCACCCCACCGGCACACCAGACCCUGCCAAGUACCACGCUACGUCGUCACAGGCGGCCAUCAAGUCCGAGUCCGACUUUGCAGCUCACAACUACCACCCUCUGCCCAUCGUGUUUGCCAGAGCGAGCGGCUGCAGCGUCUGGGAUCCUGAGGGCAAGCAUUAUCUCGACUUCCUCUCUGCAUACAGCGCCGUCAACCAGGGUCACUGCCACCCGGAGCUCGUCAAGGCCUUGACUGAGCAGGCGUCGCGCUUAACACUCAGCAGCCGUGCAUUCUACAAUGAUGUCUUCCCCCGCUUUGCCGAGUAUGCGACGAAACUGUUUGGCUUUGACAUGAUCCUGCCCAUGAACACAGGCGCCGAAGCCGUCGAGACAGCCGUCAAGAUUGCCCGCAAGUGGGGAUACAAGGUCAAGGGCAUUCCACAGAAUGAGGCGUUGGUCUUCUCUGUGCAGGAGAAUUUCCACGGUCGGACAUUUGCCGCUAUUACCAUGUCCACGGACCCCGAGUCUCGUGAGAAUUAUGGGCCAUACCUUCCUGGAAUCGGAAGUGUCUGCCCUGCCACAGGCAAGCCGAUUCGCUAUAACAAUGUCGAUGAUGUUCGUGAGACGUUAGAGAAGCAUGGAAAGAAUACUGCUGCUUUCCUUGUCGAGCCCAUCCAGGGUGAGGCCGGUAUCGUGGUCCCAGACGACAGCUAUCUGCACCAAGUGAGGGCGCUUUGCGACAAGCACAAUGUGCUUCUCAUCUGCGAUGAAAUCCAGACAGGUAUCGCGCGAACAGGCAAGAUGCUCUGUCAUGAGUGGAGUGGCAUCAAGCCCGACCUGGUCCUUCUCGGCAAAGCCAUCUCCGGCGGUAUGUACCCUGUCUCGUGUGUACUAGGUUCCAAGGAAGUUAUGCUUACCAUUGAGCCUGGUACACACGGUUCAACAUAUGGCGGUAAUCCUCUCGGCUCCGCUGUCGCGAUCCGGGCGCUUGAGCUCAUCGAAGAAGAAAACAUGAUUGAGCGCGCAGAGACACUUGGUAACAAGUUCCGUCAAGGACUUCAAGACAUCAACAACCCGAUGAUCAAGACGAUUCGGGGCAAGGGCUUAUUGAACGCCAUCGUCAUCGAUGAGAGUAGGACAAACGGGCACAGCGCUUGGGAUCUCUGCAUGCUCUUCAAAGAGAAGGGACUAUUGGCGAAACCCACACACCAGAACAUUAUCCGCCUUGCACCACCGCUGGUCAUCACUGAACAAGAAAUUGAGUCGGCCCUGUCAAUCAUCAAGGAGGCCAUGGAGGAGCUGCCUACACUGAAGGGAAAAACGGAGGAAUAA